AUGUCUUCUAUACAAAAAAUCUCUUUUAAUGAUGCCCAAAAGCGUGAGUUUUGUAUUUAUGCUCACAAUAACAAAAUAACUUGUGCAAAAUACAUAGAUUGGAUUGAAACAAAGUGGAAUGUUAGAGUUCAUGAAUCCACUAUAAUACGAAUUUUGCAAAAUAAGGAUAAAUGGCUUACCACUGAAAUUAUUAAACCUGAAAAAAAAAGAAAUAGAGCUGUCAUGAUUCCGACACUUGAGCUUGCACUUAACGAAUUUAUACUAACCUAUCAACAUAGAAUAAUUUUAAGUAAUACAAUGUUAAUCGAAAAAGCUAAAUUACUUGCUAGUGAGUUAGGAGUUCCUAAAGGCACGUUGCAAUUUUCCUCAGGUUGGCUUCACAAAUUCAAAGAACGUAAUAGAAUUCAUAAGGAAAAACUUUAUAGUGAAGCUGAAUCAGCUGAUAAUAUAGCUAUUAAUCAAUCUAUUCCAUCAUUAUGA